UUGAAAUGUGAAGACAUAUCAAUCCAUGUAUCUAACCUGUGUCUAAUGCAAUUCCUGUCUAUAAACUGAUGAAAUCUCCAGGGAAAUCAAGACAAAAAGUAAAAAGACCCUCAGACUCCCCUGUAUUUCCCCCCUCCCUGAAACACGCAAGAAUACCUGAGGCUCCAGCCUUCCUCUGAGCACUAGAGAUGCCCUUUGUAGUUCGUUGGGUUUCUUUUCUUUAUCUGCAACAACGGCAGCCUGUUGUCAACAAGGUUAAACAAACAACCUGCUGAUAAAAUGACUUCCAGGUUGCUCUUUCCAAGGCCAGAGUUUACAGGCUCUUUUGCUACUGGUCUCUUGCUCCAGACAAGGGGUGUGUGUGUGUGUGUGUGUGUGUGAACUCUUUGGCAAUGACACCUGUCAUAUAGCAUUGCCUGAUUACAUACCUGGGGCCUUGGUGCCAUGGUACGGGCAAGGUUAAUGACUUCAUUUAUACUGUUUGGGUAAUCCAGAUAAGAAGGCCACUCAAUCUGUCAUCCCGAUCCUGUUCCAUCCUCCUGGCCCCAACUGGCACUUUCAUUGAGAAAACUCUUAUCGGCACCACGUGGAGGCCCCACUUCCCUAGCCAAUUAGUCCAGGGUCGAGUUGUUUUUCAAUGAAUGCUGCUCGGUCAAAGAGAGGUCAAGGCUGCUAAGGGGGUGUUUCACUCAUCACAGAGUCUUAUAAAUAGAGCCAGGAAUAACAGCCAAGGAGGUGAGAGGGGCUACUGAGCUGGGAGAAGCAGGCUGCAGUCAGAGAGCUUUGAUUGAUACAGCAGCAUUUGCAAAGGACUAGUCGUGCUCACAGAUCCAUCUGGCCAGGUGCACAAGAGUUUCAUCCUCCUUGGGACCUGACAGGAUCCGCUUGCCAGGCUCAGCAAUGACUACAAGCAACAUGGACCUGGACUAUGAGAGGUGCCGGUGCCUCAGUGAGGAGAACCAAAACGCCAUCCUCUAUACUCUCCUGAGCCAGAACCUGAACCACAACUGGGGCAGCCAUAACCCAUCCCAGCAGCGCUGCCUGUGCCAGAAACGUCGCACCGUCUGCCUCCAAACACCCCAGGUCACCUGCCAGGCAGCCUCUGAUGUCCUUGUGAAAACAGUCAGCUUCAUGAAGAACCUGCCCUCCUUCCAGCUGCUUCCUUGGGGAGACCAGUUGCUGCUUCUGGACAGCUGCUGGGCUCCCCUCUUCAUUCUGGGGCUGGUUCAGGAGAUGGUGACAUUCGAGGUGAUAGAAACCCCAGCCCCUAGCAUGCUCAAGAGGAUUCUCCUUGAUGGCCAGAGUAAGAGACAGGAGCCUGAGAGGACACAGCCCACCCUAGCCGGGGUGCAGCGGCUGCAAUGCUGCCUGAACACAUUCUGGAGCCUGGACCUGAGCCCUAAGGAGUAUGCUUACCUGAAAGGAGCCAUUCUCUUUAACCCUGAUGUCCCAGGUCUCAGGGCCUCUUUGUACAUUGAGAGCCUCCAACGGGAGGCACAGAGAGCGCUCCGAGAAGUCCUAGUGCCCCUCCACCCAGAGGACAAGGGCCGCUUUGCCCGCAUCUUGCUGAUUGCCUCCACCUUGAGGUCCAUUCCUCCUGCACUUAUCACCAAUCUCUUCUUUCGACCGAUCAUUGGCAACGCAGACGUUAUUGAGGUGAUCACUGAAAUGCUGUACGAAAUAACCAGCAGGCGACUGACUCUUUCAUCACACACAGCCUCCUAAGAGAUCAGAUUCAGCGGCCACUCUCACAUGCACCUCCUGAGGAUUGAGUUGCGUUUCAAGGGACGGUAAUGUUAAUCUGGGAGUGGGGAUUUAGUGGGAAAGAUACUGUGGACUUGCAGACACCUGGAUUUGUGUUUAUAUUUCACUUGGGCUCAGGCAACAGCUUGAGCGGUUGAAAAUCUCAGCUAAGGCACAAAACAUUUAAGAAUGUAACUCUUAUUUAGCAUUUGUUUACAGCAGACAUCAGCCCCUGUACAUACUGAACUCAUAAAGCCAAGUCGUUUCUGAAGUGUGUGUGAUGUUACUAUUUCACUGCACAGUAACGUGAAAAAAGCACGACCAAUGUCCUUAAAACAUUCCAUACAAAAUAAUCCUCUGGGCUGACAUUUUCCCUGGGAAAUAUUCAGGUCAGAGAAGCACUUAUCUGAGAAAGGAGGGGAUUGAAACAAGGGCUUUGAACUAAAUGGAGUCUUACCGUUUUAAAGGAUAAAAUUGCCAUAGAAAGCCUCUGUUACACACACAUAACCUGAUUUUUAGAUGUGCUCAGCACUCACUCUGCCUGCCAUGCUCAGUGGAUUCUGUGGGUACUCAGCACCUUUGAAAACAGGCCUGCAAUACACAACACAUUGGAUUAGAGCAUGAUCCAAAUUUUGUGAUUCAGGGUCAAAUCUCAGCCUGUUCUGCCAUUGAUUUCAGUGAGGCCAGGAUUUCACCCUCACAGUCUAUGCAUACAUACGGGCCUAAUUCUGCAAACUGUAGUCACACUGAGCAGUACUGGGAGUGAAUGGAAUCACUGAUCUGAGUGCUACCAGGUAUUGUGGAAUCAGGCCCUUAUAUAGUACCUGUGUGUGUGUAUUGUGUGACUGGUUAACUAAGUGCCUUGAAAUCUUAGAGAAGUAGCCAUAAAACAUCUAUCCCUGUUUCAAACAGACGGUAUUAAAGCGAAAAGGAUUCACAGAGAGCCACAUUUUGCCACCCUUACUCAAACUGAGUAGUCAUGUAGAAGAAAAUGGGACUACUCUGAGUAAUGUACCACUUAAUGUUUGUACCACUAAUGUUAGGGUGGCAGAAUCUAAUGCCUUUUGUUAAUGCAUGAGCUCAAGUGGCUAAGGGCUCCAUUUUAGCUAAAUGUUAUGAAGGUGUUUGCAGUGAUAUUAAGAACAGGUAGGGCUGGUGAUCUUAUGUCCAUUUGUGUAACAGUGAGUGAUAUUACGUAGAUGGUACACACUAUAGAGGAGGAGCUGUAGUGGUUGCACAGACCAUUCUGCAGCUGAGCGUCUGCUUCCUACACUACUGACUGGUUGCUCCCACUCCCCCAUACUAGGUGCUGAUAUACACAAAGAAAACUCUUUGCACAGAGUUCAGACAUCAGUAUUUUGUGAGUGGAUGUUCGUCUGUGAUUUGUAUAUAAAAUUCAGUAAAUUAUUUUUUUUAAAAAUAAAAUGUAUUACAUUUU